AUGUCGGGAUUGCCAAGCAGGGCAGACGACCCGAUCAAUGGAGUCGAUGUUCGGGAGCAAGGAAGCGCUUUGAGGGUGGCGACGAACACUCCGCACCUCGUGAGUCUCGGCACCGGCCGCCUUAGCACCGCAGUCACAUUGCAUCCCAUCAAACAAGGUCGCGUAACAAUCGGUUCAGAUCCCACAUGCGAUAUCUACGUCGUAGGCACAGGGGUGGCAAAUGUGCACUGUAGGGUGGAAAAUUCACAUGGAGUUGUUACCCUGUACCCUAUCAGCGGUACAACCCUACUCGAUGGACUACCGGUGGAGAAACCUACGAGAUUGUCACAAGGUAGCAUGUUGACGAUCGGUCGCUCGAACUACCUCCGCUUCAACCAUCCGGAAGAAGCGAAGCUAAUGAAAUCUGUGCUUCCUUCUGGGCACGUGUCGAUGGCGCCCAUACAAUUUACGCCUAAUGAUCAAUGCUUACCCACGGGCUAUGUUAACCACCACUCUGACCCGACCAACCAAUGUUACCAGAACAUACAAAAAAUAUACAAAGAAAACUCUCUAUCGCAACUCGACCACGAAUUGGAUAUGACAUUAAAAGAAAUGUCUAGAAAAAAACCGCCCGUAGCUCCUAGGAAACCAUAUAAAGAUGAUACGGACUCGAAUUCAGAUCAAGAAGGCAGGCCGAAAAUAGGCAGUAUAAUGGCUAAAGUGUCAAAAUUUGAAUAUUACGCGAAGCAACAAAAAAAUGUCGGCCGAAGUCAAUUUUACACGACAAAUGAAAUCGAAAUAUCUCCUAAAGUAUUUAGCGCUAACUCUCUAACUGUCAAUACUCCAGCAAAAGAUGUAUUAGGCAAUAGAAACAUACCGAAUUAUAUGAGCAAAAAGCAAGAACAGAAAAUGAUUGUGUUAAACGAAAAUAAUAGUCUCGAUCCAAAGAAUUGUUCAUACGCGAAUGUUGCGAUACGAAAUAAAACUAAAAUCGACGAUAUAGUUCGAAAUUUCGAUGAUAGUUUAAAAAAUGAUGUUAAAUUACCUAAAAAAGUUAAUAACGAUCAACAAAGUAGACCGGAUAAUAAUAUUUAUGGUAAAAUCAACAUCGAUCGCAAGGAUUGCAAGAAUAAUUUAGAUUGCAAGGCUGAGCCUAGCAAGAAUAAUUUGGAAUGCAAGACUGAAUCAAGCAAGAAUAAUUUGGAUUGCAAGAUUGAGAAAAGUUUUAACAUGGAUUUAAGUGAAUAUGGACGUUUAUGUGGUGUUGGUAAAGUUGUAUGUUUGUCUUCGCCGGCAUUCGAUAGGAACCCUCAAUACUCACCGGUUUACGCAAACUGUCACUACGAUAGAAGUAUUGAAGCUGAAAAUAUGAGAAUGAAGGCAUAUCAAGACAGGAUAAAGGAAGAGGAACAAAAAGAAGUAGAGACGGCCCGUUUGGAAGAAAUACUCAACAUGUGCGCUGAAUACGAGAGACAGAUAACUUCGGGUGUGCCAAUAACACCGACGGAGAAAAGGCCUCACAAUAAAAUUAUAACAAAUGGCUCGCUACCGCGCAGUGUCUCUAUGAACAACCCGAACUUCGUGCAAACUUCCGAUGGAUAUUAUAAGUUCGAUACUAGUCAUAACAGAUCUAUGAAUCAAUCUCUGCCUAUACCAAGAAAUAUGUCGAAUUACGAAAACUUUGACACAUCGCAAUCUAACUUAGAGACUUUAACGCCAGAAGUCACUAUUAGCGAUAAUAACUACGAAAACAUCGGCAGAAUGGAUGAAAUAGGCAUACCAGUGUUUGAUGAGCCUAGAAACGAUUUAUCUAGUCCCAUAAUGAUAAGAAAAUUGCAAAAUCAAAGCUCCAAUAUAUCGCCAAUAGGCAGUCCAUAUGAAAAUGUCUAUUUCAAAAAUAAUUUAGGCUUCAAACCAAAGUCACCGAACACUCAAAGUCCCAGGACGAGGAUAAAAACAACUUUCGCACACAAAAAUCUGCCGUCUCCACAGUAUUUUAUAUUCCCAACUCCGCCGCCUGUCGAUAAUUCGAAUAAACCUAAUUUUGAUACUGCAAAUAAUGAGAACAGCAGUAUGGCUACAGAUAGUAAUAGAGGAGACAAAAUAAGUGGUAUCGAAAAACAAUUGAGCUUAGAAGAAGAGAUACCAAUGAUUGACGAUGAUUUGACAAAUGACAUAGAAUGUAGAUAUUCCAAAGUCAUAACAGAUAAAAAUGAUGAAACUAAUGACAAUAAUGAUCAAAAUGAUCAAAUCGAGACUCUAACUAAAAAUAAAAGCUUUGAUGAUGUCAAAAAAGAAUUAAUGGCUGACAUACCAGAGUUAGAAGAGUUUGAAAGGGAUUUAAAGGAAAAUAAGCGUGAGAAAAUUAUACAGACAAUAAGUGAGGAUAUAAAGAAAAUGAACAAUGAAGUAGAUUCGAUAGAUAGCGCGGUCUUAGAUGAAACCUUAGAUGAACUGAAAUCUAGAUUUGAAAAAUUAAAGGAAGAGAGAAAGAAGCUUGUGACGGAAAUUCACGAAAUUAAAUGUAAAAUGACGGAAAUUAGAUCGCAAGAGGAUGAUAUUUUAAGAGAGUUGGAAAUGGAGAAAGCCCUAAUCAAAGGAGAAUAUGACUCGGAAAUAGCAAUUCUAAAUAUAGAACAGAAGAAGAAAUCAGAUUUAAUAGACAAAGCCAAGAGUAUAGAGGAAGAAAUCAAACGGUUAAAGGAGAAACAAGAAUCGCGCCAGAAUGAAAUGAAAGACAGAGUGGAAGUAGCUACUACGAAGGUUGAAAGAAUUGAAAACGAUAUAAGAGAAAACAAAGCUACGUUAGAGGAAUUACAGAACGCUCAAGACAUAUUGGACAAUGAAACGAAAAUAUUUGAAGAUCUAGAAUUUCAACAUUUGGAGGAAGAAUCUGAGUUAUUAGCAAAUAGGGAAGAUUUACAAAACGAAAUAAUGCUAUUAUCUAAGAAAAUUGAGGCUCAAAAAACUAGAAUAUUAACUCUAAAAUCGGAGGCAAAUAAUAAUCUGACGUCAGCAUUAGAAGAAACAAAAGUUUUACAAGCUGAAUACGUUAAGCUUUUGAACCAUGUCGAACAUUUGACAGGCAAAGUUCAAAUUAUAGAAAAAGAAAUCAAACCUAUUGUUACUAAAUUAAACGAUAUAGAGAGAACUCAGUCGCCGGAUAGUGCGUUUUAUACGGACCAAACUAGAGCGAAAUCUGGUGAGUUCGGUUAUUCCCCGCAAAAUUCGGACAGCGAUGACGUAGACGUGGCAAAAAUAUCAAAUUUUGAAAACCACACUAAAUUUUUAAAAGACAAAUUCAAUUCUAUAGAUCAAAUGUCGCAAUCUAUGAUAGUUGAUAUUGAAAGGCGCGUCAUAACUGAUCUUGAUGAUCCAAUAGAAGUUGAUAGUAGUCCGUCCAAAUCUUCUAACUCUUCGAAAGAAAAGAAAGGCUUCUGGGAAAGAAAUUUCGAUUCGCUAAAACGGAAAAGUAAGGAUAAGAAGAAAAUCGAACCUAAAGUCGAUCUGAUGUCGCAGAGUCUCAACGAAAAUAUAUUUUACAACGAAAACAUAGAAGUGGAUACAUCUUUCGACAAAUUUAAUAGCCUCAGAAAUUCAAAAAAGAAAGACAAAAAAGAUAACGGACCCGUGAAAAGCAAUUCGUCGUCCAAAAUACCAACUUUUGCAGCGUUAGGGAAGAUAAUUAAAAAGGAUUCGCUCAAACGAAAAGAUAGUACGACGAAAAACGACGAAGAGACAAAAAAUAGAUACGUCAAAAACAAACCAAUCAUAACAGAUAAUAAAUACAUCAAAUCAAAAUCUCUAUCGCCAGACAAGGCAGAUACAAUAAAGGAAGAAAAUGAAAAUUUGAAAGAAAUAAAAGUCUUACAUAGAAAAAGCUGUGGAGAUGAACCUAACACAAGAGAAUUCCAGAAAAUAACGGAUUCAGGCAAAAUUCCGUCACAAGACGAUAUUGAUAGGAUUUCUAAAAUAACUUUAGAUGCGCCCAUUUUGUCAAGCGAUGACGUCAAUUCGUUGGGAAAAAGAACUUUGGAUAGUUUGAUGGAGAUUGAGAGGAAGAGAAUGGAAAUGCUAGAAGAGAAAGGUUGUCAAGUGAUAGAAGACGAACGUGAGAAAAUAUCCGAAUUGAAACGACGAGUUCAAGACGAAACCAAAAAGCUCUGGGACCAACGCACCAAGGGCAAGACUGACAGCUGUCAGAUGUCAACCGCCAGCCAAGUGUCACACGUCAGCCAACUGUCAAACGUCAGCCAGCUGUCAAACGUGAGCCAGCUGUCAAAUGUCAGUCAGAUGUCAGACUUUGACGGCAAUGUGGAGGGCGCGAAAAUGUUCGGCGCCAUCGAAGACAGUUAUGAUGAAUUUAACAUGACCAACUCUACGAUUUAUGAUGAGAGUUCUGGGUUUAUGUCGUCGUCAAUAGAAGAGCUACAAGUUCGUAACUCCCGUACCGAAUCGACAGAAGACGACAAACGUAGCGAUGACAGCCGCCCGCUCAGCCACGCUUCAGACUUCAGCAGAGAUAAUAUAUUGGGUAACGCGCCGCGUCGUAGCCGCCGCGGUAUCGCAAAUGAAUGGCAGAGACCCCUCACACGGUAUUUGCCCGUCGAUAGGGAAGACUUCGAUCUACGACGUCAUGUUGAAUCUGCAGGUCACCAAAUUGAGCUCUGCCCCUACGUGACGAUCAACUCUACGUCGUGUCGCGGAUACUUACACAAGUUGGGCGCAAAGUUCCACACCUGGUCCAAAAGGUGGUUCGUUUUCGAUAGAGAAACGAAAACGUUCGUCUACUACUGGGACAAGAGCGAGAAGAAACCACGUGGCGGUGCGUACUUCCAGGUAAUAGAAGAAGUGUACCUAGAUCAUGGUAACACUUCGAAAUCUCCAAACCCACAAACAACUUUCAUAGUAAAAACGCGCCAAAGGAGAUACUAUCUAAUGGCGCCUUCCGGCGAGGCCGCUAGAAUAUGGAUAGACGUUUUAUUUACCGGCGCACAAGGAUAUACUGAAUAUUUAGAA